AAACAUCUAAGUUGGGAACCAAUUGCGAAGCCGAAUUUAUUCCAGGUAGCACCACUCAAGAGAAAUGGUUUGUGUUUUCACUAUUCUACGUGGUAUUCUGGUAAUUGCGUUGGCUGGGCUUUCUUGUUCUGUCUGUGCGGUUACAUUGAAACAGCAUUUUCAGCACCUUCGGAAUGAUUGCGUUCGUACAAAGGAAUUACUGGAAGGUAAUAUCGUUCGAUUAGAAAAGGUACAAGCCCAACUGGAGACGCUGGAGCUGAAAGCUCAGCAGCAUAGCUUGUUGGAGGAAGUUUUAUUUGAUCAGUUUGAAGACAGCUCUGCUAAACUGCAGGAAAAAAUGCUUGAAUAUGAUAGCGAAAUACAGCAAGAAGAAAAUCUUACGAAUGUUCCACAGGUUAGCAUAUCGUCAACUGUUACCGAAUCAAUUCCCAAUGACGCUAUCGGGUUCAUACAAGAAAUUAAAGGGCCAGUGAUGGAAACAUCUGAUCCAGCUAGGCUAAUACCCGUUCUAAAAGGCGUUUUUAAAAUGGAUUACAAUUCGUUUACUCUUAAUUAAGCGUCAAUCUCAUGCAUAGGUCUAAGUUGCAUUGGGCGAUGUGAAAGAGAAGAAUAAGACCUACGAGUGGAGAUGGGUCGUAGAAGCG